CGGCUCAUACGGUGUAGUGUAUAAUUUCAGUGUACAGGGUUCUGCUGUGUGCUGACACCACGAGUGCUCCUCCGGUUGAUUUUUUUUUUUCAAGUAACACAAACAGACGGAAUAAGAAAUAAGCCAUAACUAUUCUAUAUCCCCCUCUCUCAAAAAUCAAGUACUAAACUCUGGGAAUAGCCAAUAGGUUUAAUGUUUGUACAUUAAUUUUUGUAUUCAAUAAAUUUUUACCAAUAUACGUUUUAAUCGUUAGGAGAUUGUACAUUUUUUUUUUGUCUAGAAUUAUUGAGGGUUAGUGGGAGCGUACUAGACGUUUGUUGUUUGAUCCAUUUAUUACGUGGGAAAUAUUGCGAGAUCUCGUUAUUUUUCACGGUAUCAGGAGUCCCGGCUCGAUUCUAACCGACAUUCCCAAGCUCGGACACCUCUGACACCCGAGGGAAAGAAUUUUCCAGAGGCAAUCACACUAGAGGAGAGGAAAGUCGCUUCGCCUCACUCUACAGCGAAUUGCAAGAGGACAACUGACCGAGUUGGAAGGAAAAAAAUUCGCGUGGAAACUGUAAUACCAAGGUGAUAUAAAGGAAAUGGUCAUGGAGGCAACCCCCUCGGCUCAGUCUGUUGGUCGUGAGUUUGUUCGACAAUACUACACGUUGCUCAACCGAGCCCCAGUUCAUGUACACAGAUUCUACAGCAACAAAUCAUCAUAUCUCCAUGGAGGAUUGAGUACAACUGAUCGUGAGAUUAUUCCGGCAAUUGGGCAGAAAGAGAUUCAUCAGAAGAUUCAGCAGCUGAAUUUCCAUGAUUGUCAUGCCAAAAUAACUCAAGUGGAUUCUCAGGCUACUAUGGGAGGUGGUGUGGUGGUUCAGGUAGCAGGAGAACUGUCGAAUGCAGGACAACCAAUGCGUCGUUUCACUCAAACAUUUGUACUGGCAGCGCAGGCUCCAAAGACGUAUUACGUCCACAACGACAUUUUCCGUUACCAGGAUCUCGGCUUUCCGGACGAGGAGGAGGGCGAGCUGGAGAGUGAAACAGGACUGGGUGAGGGUGGUGAGCGUGACGGUGGUGAAGGCCGAUCUGAAGCUGAAGAGGACGAGAGUCAUCAUGGGACGACAGUGCAGACGGUUGGAGAGCAGCAACAGGCCCACGGCAAUCUCAUUCCAACUCAACAGCCAGCUCUUGCUCAACCCCAGCAGCAGCAAAUAUACUACCCUCCACCACCUCAGCAACAGGUCCACCCAGGCCUUCAGCCAGUGAUCAACGGAAAUGUUCACGAGGAGACUGCCAUUAUCAGUCAACCAGCUCUGGCUCCACCUCAACAGCCAGCGAUUCAGCAUCAGUAUGUUACAGAACCAGCUCAAGAGUCAUUCACUCAAGAACAGGACAGCACCCCGACAGAGCCCCCACAACAGGCACCUCAGUCCGUUGAGGAGGAUAUUCCUCCAGAGGAGACAAAUGAACUGCAGGAAAGCGAGAGCUUCCAAAGCUCCUCGAUCGAGCCGGAGGGUGACCUCCAUGCUGCUGCCAAUGGCAGUAAAGUUAGAUCCUAUGCACGAACGGUGAGAUCCAAUGUCAUCACUGGUCAUACUCCACAAGUCUCCAAAUUGUCCAUGUCACCUCCACCCAUGUCCAUGCCCAUUGAUGAUCGAGCCAUGGGAACGAAGACGACAAGUUCUACGACAGUUUCCUCCGGUAUUAUGUCUUCCGGCCCACCACAAAUUCAUCGAAUGGCCAGUCAGACACAGCAGCAGCCACAGCAGCAACCACAGCCACUGGCCCAACAGCAACGACCAACUCGUGUAGGACCUCCUCAAAAAGAGAAUCGUGGACGUCGCGAGUGGCCUGACACUAACCAGCUCUUUGUUGGCAAUGUUCCCCAUCAAGCGACAGAAACAGAACUCAGAAAAAUCUUUGAACGAUACGGCCGAGUUGUUGAUUUACACAUCCACUGCAAGGCCAAUGAUAGAGCUAAGGGCCCACAGGGACAGAACAACUCUGGGAGAGUACCUAACUACGGAUUUGUCACCUUUGAAGAUGCCAACGUUGUGCAAAAGGUUCUAGAUGCACUUCCCAUUGGAUAUCCUGAUGAAAAUGGUCUCAAGCUCAAUAUCGAAGAGAAGAAAAAUAGACCGAGGGGUCCUGGAGAUAAUAUCCGGUCGAAUCAGAAUGAUGGUAAUAUGAGGUCAUCCAUGGGAGGACAGCAGCAACAAUCACAACAGCGUGGUCCAGGUGGCCCUGGUGGUCCAAUGAGAGGCCCUCAACACGGUUCAAGAGGUGGUCGUGGUGGAUUUCAACGUGGUGAUGGUGGUCGAGGUGGGAUGAGACAACAAAAUAAUAUGGGCAGUGCAGCUUAUCAAAAUCGCCGUUAAAAUCCGCCUCGCAAUCUCUACUUUUCCCCAUUUUCAAACUACGACGCCAAUUACUUUCCCUUCCAGACACGAAUCGACAAAACGAUGAAAAACAAAAAAAAGGAAAGAAAAUAGGAAAAGUUAAAAAAAAAGAGUACAUAUAAACUUAAUUAAUGCCGUUGGACGGAUCAAUAGAGGAGUAAACAUACCAGAGACAAAGACACUAUUAACCAUGAUGAUGUUGAUCAUAAAGAAGAAACAAAGCAAACUCAAUCGUUGACGAAUGUGUAAUCGAAUCAAGUUUUUCAUUUCGUUUUUUUUGGAUGGAGAAUGUUAAAAUAAUCCCCCCCCUUCAAAAUUGUAUCACGGGGCUUCGGAAUAAUUUCCCGGGCUCAAGCAAUCCAUUAUCUAUCUAUCGAUAUUAACUAAAAUAAAUUCUUGAAUUUAUAUAAAACAAAAUGAUAAUUGUUUACACCUCAUCAAUUAAUUGUUCUUACCUUCUGAAGCCCCGUGCAUCGAUCCAAUUAUUGUUUACAUAGGACGCGCCCAUUUCAUUAUUAUAUUUAAUUUUUACGGAUCCCUCGAACGCCGUCCGACCCUGACGGUCAACAUAAACAUCAUGUGGAUAUAGCAUACUAUUUCAUUUUGGUUUCUUGGGAAUUAGAAUGGCAAGUGGCAGAGAGAACUUCUAGAUAUUAUUAUUAAAAUUGAUUUCUAAAGGCUUUUAAGAGAACUGAGGAUUGAUAAAUUUGGGGUGCAUUCCCCACUUUCAGAUCACGUGCCAAUAAAACUCACACUGUCAAUAUUAUCAUUUUAUUUCCCAAUGAAGCAGUAAUCAGUGGUGAAGUGGUAAAACGUCAGAUUUGGGAAAAAAAUGGCAAGACAAUUUUACCGCAUCAGAACUGAAAUGAUCGACAUUUAUUUUGCUUCGUAACAAUAAUAAGGCGAAAAGUGGUUCUUCAUGUAAAAAAUAAAAAUAAAUAAGCCAGAAAACGAAGUCAAGCCAUAAUAAAAGACAUUGAAGGUACAGAAUGAUAAAUCAUACGAGAUAAUAGGCUUAACUUGUUUUAACGCACGUAGAGAAUCGUUGCACCUCCCGAGUGUUAAUUGACGAAGAUAUCCAAGUGAUCAAAAUAUUUGGUUAAAUAUCGUGAUUAUUUGAAUUCCUUCACCAACUCUACGGCUUUUUCACGAUUAUUUAAAGAGGAAAUGAGAACAUUUUUUCAAUUGUAGAAUUAAAUGAUGAAUCCUGCUUCGAACUGCCGAGAUCAAUCGGCCGGUAUCGAUUGAAUCAUCAUUAACUCGACAAAAUAGAAACAAACACUUAACUGCAGCUGGUCUCGCCAUUUUUCCCUUUUUCAUCAUUCAAAAUUGUACAUUUCCAUGAAGAGGUCUAUCAGAACUUUAGCCUUCCAAUUUCCUCGAUGAAAUUAUCGAUAUUGAAACAUGAAUAAUACUUGCUAAAUCAUCACUAAAUCAUUAUCAGGAAAUAAUCGCCAAGCAAUCGCAUCGUAUCAAUAAAAAUAUUAUCAUUGAAAUAAAAUUGACAAAUUGAAAGAAAAUAGCCCCUGCCCACAGUCGCAAUUAAAUUUCAACACUGAGAAUAAUUCUUUCAAAUUGAUAUAAAAUAAAAAAUUACAUCAUCAACUAGUCGUACCGAUGGAUGAGAAAUGAAACAGAAUAAUACCUGCAAUAUGGUUCAAGUGUUUUUCAUUUCUCCUCUGUGUUUACUACCUGUUUACUAAUAAAUUCAUUCUUAUGUUUAUUUUUAUUAAUUAAACGUAGACGUAGAGUUCACGAAGUAAUAGACAUUAAUUAAUUACUGUAGAGCUUAUAGACAUAACACGAUGUGACAAGUUGAUGAUGGAAGAAUUUUGUUUUCAAGAGAAAAUUUAGAAAAUUAUACUGUAUGGAACAUCCUAAUAUGAGAUCUCCACACAGUGAAUUGAGCGUUAUCUUUCUCCAUAAUCGAAACAUUUUAAUAUGUAACCAGUGUGCCUAUUCUCGUGCAAGAUUUCAAUAGGAAGGGAAGGAUAAAAAAACCGCAUCGGAUUAUUAGGUACAUGUAAAACGAUAGGUUUGAAAGAAAAAAACUGAUAGCUGCAAUGACGGUUCACUUUAUCUCAUCUUGCAUCAAAUAAAAUUUGAACAAUAUCCAUUUCUAAAUUAAUCGUGAAGGUUGCAUGCCUCUUGCUUAUUCUAAUAACUGUGAUAAAAUGUAGCUGCAGAACAAUAAAUUGAUGGAAAAUUGAAGAAUAUAAAUAAUGAAAAAAUGUCUGACAACGGCAAGAUGGUAAUAAAACCGAUGAAUAAAUUUCCGAGGUAAUUUGGGGAAUUUUUUCUUCCAAUUUUCAUUCAAUCGUCUCAAGCAGGGAGCGAUAAUAAAAUUAAUUCAAUCAUAAAGUCGAUCAAUAGUCGAGUAGCAUGGAGAAAACGUUCAAUUUUUAAUCAGAUAAAAUGAUGAAUUUUUCUGCGAUCUUUUACUCGUUUCCACUUUCAUAUUGAAAAAUAGAGAAACGUGUGAGUGGUUUUUGUACCGAAUAUUGCGACUGUGGGCGACUAUUCCUGCAGAAUACGAUUCCUCUGGCCUAUCGUUUUAUGAUACGAAAAAGGAACAUGCAAAUCAAGAUGAGGAGACGUAGUUUCACCUCUUUCGAAGCUCUCUCUUUAGGUUCCUCUAUUCAUCACAAAUAAAUUGAUAAACCGGGAGUCAGUCGAACCUGCUGUAAAAUAUAGAUUUGUCGCACUCGAGGGCAGGAGAUGCAUCGAAAGAGGCUCGUAAUGAAACGAUAAUAAAUUUAUGAUUAAACUCCAUGAAUUUUAAUGGAAAUCAAAGUUGAAAAAAUUGUGAUUGAGAUCAAAUGAAUUGCAGUGUCUCAAUCUCUUCUUUUUUACUUUAAUGCCAAGUGAUUCCUCUGAUUGAAAUAAAUAAUGAAAGGUGAGGAGUUUCUAACUCUCGUAACUACUCAUUUUUUGUUCUAUCGCAAACUCGAAAGAAAAAUAAGAAGAAGGAAAAACAGCGAAUUUCGUGGGUUUCCUUUUACUUAGAGUAAAAAUUUGAUAAUGGAAAGAGAGUAAAACUGAAAACAACAAAAAAAAAACUGCAAAAGACAAGAAAAUUAAAAAAAUAACACGACACAAUUAAUUGUAACGACUAAUUGAGGAACAUUACGACGGUGAUAAAUCUAAGUUGUGAAUUUUUGUAGAAUAUACGACAUAUUUUUAGUUCGACCAGUCUCAACAAUUUUCUUUAAACAAUUUCGUUUUUGUGGACAAUGUUAAACUUGCGAAAAAUAACCGAUGUGUUGAGCCGUAACGAAGAUAGAAUACAAAUUGAAGAGAAGAUUACGAAUAACAACAAAACGUCAAAUGUAUUGUAACUUUUUGCAUUUAGUAUAAUAUACCUAUCUUACUACCAGA